AUGAGACUAUUGAUUGUUUUAAUUUAUACAACUCAUCAAACUUUGAUUUAUUAGUUUUAUGCUAAUUCAUACAACAGGGAUGGAUGGCAGGAUUUGGGAGGUGAUACUAUUUUUACUUCUUGCGGAGGGAUUCAAUAUUUUGGGUCAUCUUGGGGGGGUACUGUUGUUAAUAGUAAAUUAUUUGACGUCCCCGAAGAUCAUUCCCAUAUUAGAGUAGAUUGUUAAAUAUUAAAUAUUGAUGGAGACACUUCUGUUCCUGUAUUUGAAGUAGAUUAUAGAAGAAGACCUGAUUUUUAGUCAACCUUUACAUCCUAAAAUUAAGUUUGUGGAAAUUCGCAAUAAGAAUACAUUUAGUCGACAACUUUAAUUAUUUAGCAUAAUAGACGAACUGUUUGGAUGUUUGUUGAAACAUUUAAUGGAGGAGGAUUAAUAUCAUUAAAAUUAAGUACCGUUAAAUGUUAGUAUGAUUGUGAUGGAUGCAUAGAGAAUUAAUAAAUAUUUUGCUUAAAAUGGAAACUGCAUUAAUAUUCAUUUACCUAGAAAUAUCUGACAAAUUUUGAUGGAUGGGUAUAUGUAUCAUAGUAUUCGGAUCAUUACUAUUGUGGAUAUUGCCAAUAUUUGUUAUAUUAAUAAAUUCAAUAUUCUACUAAACUCCCUCUUCAUAAAGACGUAUUCAUAAGGUUUUUUAAAGCAGAUGGGUAUACUAUUAUAGUAGACUAUUAAUAAGGCAUAAAAACUAUUAGCUCCUUUUAUUAGCAAGUAGAAAUAUUAAUAGAAAAUCAUUAUGAUCCUAUAUUAAUACUCAAGAUUAAAACUCAACCAAUCAGUGAUUAUGGUUAAAUAAGAGAUUUUGAUGUAUUUUAUACUUUGCCAGAAAAAAUGCUAGUUAAUUAUUUGAAUUAAGGAUGUUAAGAGUAAAUUGAGGAUAAAUGCUUAAUUUGCUAAGAAGGUUGGAUUUAAGAUAAAUUUCUAGAAACUUGUCAUCCAAUAUGCCCUGAAGGAACAAUUGAAGAUUAAUAUUGCUCUUUAAAAGUAAUUUAGCCUUAAUCAGCAUUAAUAGUAAGCAAAUUGAAAGAGGGUUGUUUAGAGUAAAUUGAUAAUACAUGUCUGAUCUGCAAAGAAGGUUGGGUUAAAGAUAAAUUUCUUGAGACUUGUCAUCCAAUUUGUGGUGAUGGGAUUAUUCAAGGUUAAGAAGAAUGUGAUGAUGCUAAUUUAAUAUCUAAUGAUUCUUGUUAUUAAUGCAAAUAUUCAUGCAUAAACUUUUGCAAAACUUGUGUAUUUGGAAUUUGUUAUGAAUGUGUUUUUGGAUUUGAUCUUAAUGCUGAUUUAAAUUGUGUUUCUUUUUGUGGAGAUGGUAAUGUGGUUCCUUAUUCAGAUGAAUAAUGCGAUCUAAAUGAUAAUGAAGAAUGGGAUCAUUGUUAGGAUUGUAGAUUUGUAUUAAUAGCUAAUUGUAAGCGUCAACUACUUUCAAUGUGCUUGGUGUGUGAACUUGGAUAUUAACUGUUAGAAAAUGCAUGCUUUCCUCAUUGCGGAGAUAAAUACGUUCUCUAAUAAUACGAAGAAUGUGAUGAUGGUAAUUUACAACCUUAUGAUGGUUGCUUUGAAUGUAAGUUUCAAUGCGCUGAAGAUUGCAACAUAUGCUAUCUAGGAUAAUGCCUUCUAAAAUGUGAAGAUGGAUAUAGAUUUCUUAAUAAUAGGUGCCUUUCUAUUUGUGGUGAUUAAAUUGUCACAAAAGAAGAAGAUUGUGAUGAUGGCAAUAAAAUCUAAUUUGAUGGUUGCUUUGAUUGCAAGUAUUCUUAUUCAUGUCCAGAAAAUUGUUAUGAAUGCUAUCAAGGUAUUUGUUUAAAGUGCAAUGAUUAAUAUUAAUUACUAAUUUCAAAUUAAUGCAAAUUAUAAUUAUAAUGUGGAGAUGGAUUGCUUUAGUAAUAAGAGGAAUGCGAUGAUGGAAAUUCAGAAGUACUUGAUGGAUGCAAGGAUUGCUUGAUUGAAUAAAAUUGGAUAUGCACCGCAAUGAUAAGAGAUUCUCCUAGCUAAUGCGCGUUUAUCUAAGCACCAAAAUUAGUAAUUUCUUAUCUCAACAUGACUUCAAAUUCAUAAUACAUAAGUAUCUAGUUUAAUUAAAAAGUAAAAAUUUACUCAACCUAAAAAUUAUCAGAAACCAUAAAUUGUAAUUUAUCAAAUUUAAAUAAGAAGAAUUGGAAUAGCAGCUUAUAUAUCAUUUAGGAUGUGGGAUCAGAUGUAAGUUUUGGAGAAUAUAUUAUCGAAAUAGAAAUUCAAUAAUUACUUGAAUUUCGACCUAUCUUAACAAUUGAAGUAAAUCAGACAGUUGCUAAUUAUGAUAAUUCUUUUUUGGAUGACUUUACAAAAUCAAUAACUUUACAAUAUCCAUAAUAUCUUGGAGAAACUUAAAAGGAGUAUGCUUACAAGUUGAAAAAUUUAAAUAUGUAUUUGAUUUAUGGUUUGUCUGGUAUUACUUGUGCAAAUCUACUAUUAGGAAAUGGAGAUUUAUUUAUCGAAAUUUUGGCAAUCCUUCAAUCCCAGUAAUAUUUGAGAUACAUUAAUCUGUAAUUUCCAUAAAAUUUAGAGAUCUAUUUUUCUGUUAAUGACUUGAUAACAAUUUAACCUCUAUUAGAUUUUAUAGAUUUUUCAUAAAUAUUUUCAUUAAUUGAGCUUUAGUAAAAUUAAUAACCAUAUUCUGAAGGAAAAUUUGCUGUUUACUAAGAAAACCCAACCUUAAUCAUCAAUCUUUCAUUCCAAAUAUUAUAAUGCUUGAUAUUUUUAUUUCUUAUUUUGUUGUGUAAUUUGAUAAAAAAAGUAAUAUACAAAUGGAUAUUUUGUUAAAGGAACUUUUACUAUGCCUAAACUUUAUCCUUAUAGAUAAAUCCAAAAAUAGUUUUUAAGUGUUAGGAAUCCUUUUAUAAAAUUUGCCUAAAAUUACUAAAUUUGAAGAAAUAUAUGUCUUUUUAAGGUUUAUAAAAAGCCUUAAUUCUAAAUGGUUGGGAUAUGACAUUUAAAAUACUAUUGUAUACACGAACCUUUUCAACUAAUAAUUACUUAGAUAUUGUACAACUUAUUAUAACCUGUGUACUUCUAAUUCUUUAUGUUACCAUAUUGCUAGAUAGUUUCAAAAGUAAGUAAACAUUUUCAAAGUUGAAAAGGUUUGAAAUUUUAAUUUAUGGUAGAUAAUUUUUCUUUUUAUUCUACUUGAUUUUUUGUCAAAAUUCCCAAAUAUUAUAAUUAGGAUUACUCUUCAUGACAAAUAUACUUUAGAUUAGUUUGUUAUUUAAUUAUAGGCAUAUUCAAAAAAGAAAGAAUUAUAUUGUUUAGAUGGUGGUUGAGAUAUCUGUAUUGACUUUUAUGCUUAGUUCAUUCUUAUACAUCUAAGAAUGUAAUGAAUACUUUAAUGAAGAGAAAAAAAUAAUAUUGGGAUGGAUUCAUAUAACCAUUUUAUCUACAGGUAUUAUAGUAGAAACAAUAUUUAUCAUCAAAGAUUUAUAUUAAGCAUGGAAAAGGUUAUACAAAAGGAAAAAGCCAUAAUGUGCUAGAAGUUAGUUAUUUAUAUGA